AUGCAGGCACAGCAGGGCAUCCUGGGAGCCGUCCCAUCGUCAACUCCCAUGCUGGAACUUCCCGCAGACGUCAAGUUGACUUAUCUGGCUGAAGGAGCUGCGAAUAUUGUCUACAAAAUCAAUUGUCCGAGGCCAAAUAUCUCAAAUACCAAAGCAGGGGAGUUAUCAAAAUCUGCUUAUGCUGGAAAGCUUCUCCGCCUUAGGAAGGAUAUUACUUCAGGAACAACUUAUGCUGAAAUCGCUCGGAAAUUCAACACCGAGAUAAGGACCUUAUUUCGAGAUGACGAGUUGGUGGCCCAGGACCUCGUCAAGCUACCAAAGGAACUUACAGCUUCAUGCAAUGAAAUAUUAAAGAGAGAGGAAGCGUGCGGCAAACGACCAAAGCGACGACAUGGGGUGUAUCUAUGCACCGAGGAGCCGUUUGGGUUACUUAUCAUGGACAUGACUACCGCGCCUGGCUCUGAUGCUACGCUAUGGGAACUGAAGCCCAAAUGGCUAACCCAGUCACCCUCCGCGCCCCCAGAUGCUAAACGAUGCCGCACAUGUGCUCUACGGGAGAUGAGAAAUUAUGAGGCAAACCAAAAGGCUACGAAGGAAGGCAAGGAUCAUCAUACGAAAAGAUCAUUCUGUCCUUUUAACUUGGUCUCGAAUGACCUCAUGGAUGUACUGUCCGCAAUAAUGUUCCUUGGUGACACCCCAGAUGCUCACCGAGUUGCCGCCUUCAUGCAUCAUAACCCUACCUUGCUGAGACUUCGCGAUAGACAACGCCAGAUGGAUGCUGUUGGGUUGGCGGGGAUUCAUGCAACGAGCGAGGAAAGAGCAAUUUCGAUGACCUUAAGAGAUUGCACAAUGUUUGUUAAGGUACCACAUAAACCAAACGAACCUUUUGAGCUUAGGCUAGGUGAUCUUGAUUUUAAGAGCGAAGACGGGGGCAAGCUUCAGUAUUGGCAGGACACUGAAACUAGGUUGAUUGAAGAAGGGUGGUACUUGGGAGUCCACAAGGGACAGGGAGGCAGUGAAUGCGUUGUAAGCCACUAG